AGCUGGCGCCUUCAAGUAACAGACCGCUCGGCCAUCUGACCAGAUGAUGGAGGGGUGAGAGCAAGAUAAGUACCGUAUAUUAAAGUAGACCAAGUGACUUUCAAACACAGUAUUUUUGCGGUCCUGAUCUACCGUAUAUUGUACCUUAUCUGCAUCAGUGCAUGGGAACUUGGAAGAUCUGAGUCUGAGCUACUAGCACUCCAUUUGAAAAUUGGUUGGUGGUCAACUUGAAGGCGACGAGCCAUUUGUUGGUGACAAUGGUGUGGUUUCAAUGUGAAAGCUGUGGUGAUAACCUUAAGAAACCGAAACUACAGAGCCACUUUCAACAAUGCGCAGCGCGAAAACUGUCUUGUAUCGAUUGUGGGGUGGUGUUUGACCGCCAGUCUGUGCAGGGGCACACUUCGUGUGUAACUGAAGAGGUGCGAUAUGGGCCCAGGGACGCCUUCCGCCAGGCUCUCGCAAACCCCAGCGCUGGCUCAAAGGAGAACCCUGCAAAGGGGGGGGAGAACCUGGAGCUAACGAUUGGCCUGUCGACACGGCCACCCUGGGAGUGUACCCUCUGCAGAGUCAAGUGCACCAGCGAAGAGACGCUCCAGGGGCAUGCUCAGGGGAAGAAGCACCGGGCCAAGGCCAGGGCAGCCGCCAAGGCCCAGGCAGAAAAGGAGGUGCCCACAGAGGGGGUUGUUGGGGCUGCUUCGACUGGGGAGAACAAGGGGGGUAAAUCGGAAAACGGGGAUGAGCAUGACGGAGCUGUGACCGGGACUGCGGCAAAGGGGGGGGUUGCAGAAGCGGAGGGGAAGGCAAGCAUGGGCGGGAAUUCGCAGGCAGACGGCAAGGGGAGUGGGGAGAAGAAAAGGAGAAAGGGAGAUGUUGGGGCGGAUGAUUUGCAGCAUGAAGUCACUGCUGAGGUUGGGAAGAAGCGGAAGAAGGGGAAGCAGCAAAAGGAAGACAUUCCAGGUGUUAUGCAGGAGGCAGAAAAAGAGACAGUCGCGGAAGCGGGAGAUGCUGACGGACAAGCCAGGUUGAAGAAGGAAACGAAGAAGGGCAAGAAACGCAAAGGCGAGGAAGUGAUGAGUCUAAAUGAGGGCGUCGAAGAGGAGGCCCCUGAGAAAGUUAAGGAGAGCGGAUUAGCAGAGGAGAGCAACACUCACCCGGCUGUCGUCAAAGACUCAAGCACUGUAGCUAAAAAGAAGAGCAAGAAGGAGAAGAAGGGCGCGGGUUCCUCUGAUGCUGCAUCCAAACCACCCGAGAAUGGCUCACUUGAACAUGUAACGGCGGACAAGGAAACAAGUUCUGUGCAGAACGGACAGAACGACAAGCAGAACGGGAAAUCGGAAGCGAAGGCGAAAAACGGCAAGGCGGGUAAAGUGCUGGACGAAAAGCAGUACUGGGAGGAGCUGGCGGAGAAGGGUAGGAAGAAGAAGCAGGCGGACUCUCCUGCGGUCGGAGACAGGGAGGGGCCGGAAACUCAUGGGGCAAACGAGAUGCAGGGCGAGCCUUCGAACGGUGUAGACGAGCCCCCUCGAAAAGAGAGCAAAAAGAGAAGGGGGGAAAAGAUAGCUACGGACGUCGAUGAGGGGGGUAAAAGCGCGCGAAAGAAAGGAAAGAAGGAACGCGAAGUGGACGGUGGCGUGGGCACACUUUCGGGAGGAGCGAUUGGGGCCAGUGAAACAACAGUGAAGAAGAUUAAAAGGGCUGCGAAUGAAAGCGCUGUGGCUUCGACAGUCGAUGCAGGGGAUGCUGCAGCUGCUGCGAUCAAGCCGGGGAAGCUUCGGAAGAUGAUGCAAGCUGCCCUGCAAGAGGCCGACAAGCACACUCUAAGCCUCAAAAGCCUUCUGCAAAGCGUGCAAUCGCAAGCGACUCUCGCAAUAGAGGUGUCCACAAAGGCUCUCCAAGAGCAGAUUUUGGUGCAAGCCACGAAGAACUCAAAAUUCCAGUUGACGGGGAAAAAGGUGAGCCUUAGAACGGAUACGUAGUAUCAUUUUAGCAUAGAUGAUAGAUCAAGCGACACGAAGGACAAGUCACAUUGCAGAUAAGAAUCAAACUGCAUUUGUGUAAACAGGAUCCAUGACCCGCCUCUGUCUUUUUGAAUGAAGCGGGCGUGUUUGAACAACGGUGUCUCACCGUGACACUUCAGAUUCAUGAUCAGAUCAAGGACUUCGCAAUUUGUAUGGAGAUUGGCUUCUCUAGUCAAGAAUCAAGCUCUGCAAAGUGGUGUUUUGUCGAAAAUACUUCCCAAGGCUUCCGGCUGAGAGAAUACGAGACGUUUUGGCACACCACA